GCAGCGCUAAGGGGGAUUUUGGCGUCUUCUCAGACACAGCUCCCUCUCUCGGUCCCCGCUGCUGAGGAGCGAGAGGAGCGCGGCUGCCGCCGCCCGCGCCGGUGAAGCCGCCUCUCCCACACCCUCCGUCUCCUCCCUCCGCCCCUCCUUUGUCUGCACCGCUCGACGACGCCGCCGCCGCCCGCCGCUCUGCUGCGCCCGCCGCGCCCCCCGGCAGCACCCGCGGCCGCGGCGCGAGCCGGAGUCCGCCGAGCCGGAGCGCGACGAGGCCCCGGGCGCGCCCUCCCCGCUGUCGCCACCGCUGUGCCGCCGCCAUCCGCCCGCCGCCGCCGCCGCUGUCCGGCCCCCGAGCACGCCGGCCCUGCGCGCGCCUCGAGGCCGAGUCAAGGUGUGAGAUGCACAGUGCGAAACCUAGGCCCCAGCUUUUACACCAUGAUGCGCAGGGUUGUACUUUUUGUACUGAACUGAUAGGUGGCCUAGUGGUUAUGCCCUGUACUACCAUUUUGAGGAUCUGGACUCCGUUUCCUGCCUUGCUCUUUGGACCACAUUGUCAAUUCACACCGAAACUAUGUUCCAACUUCCUGUCAACAAUCUUGGCAGUUUAAGAAAAGCCCGGAAAACUGUGAAAAAAAUACUUAGUGACAUUGGGUUGGAAUACUGUAAAGAACAUAUAGAAGAUUUUAAACAAUUUGAACCUAAUGACUUUUAUUUGAAAAACACUACAUGGGAGGAUGUAGGCCUGUGGGAUCCUUCACUUACGAAAAACCAGGACUAUCGGACAAAACCUUUCUGCUGCAGCGCUUGUCCAUUUUCCUCAAAAUUCUUCUCUGCCUACAAAAGUCAUUUCCGAAAUGUCCAUAGUGAAGACUUUGAAAAUAGGAUUCUCCUUAAUUGCCCCUACUGUACCUUCAAUGCAGACAAAAAGACUUUGGAAACACACAUUAAAAUAUUUCAUGCUCCAAACGCCAGCGCACCAAGUAGCAGCCUCAGCACUUUCAAAGAUAAAAACAAAAAUGAUGGCCUUAAACCUAAGCAGGCUGACAGUGUAGAGCAAGCUGUGUAUUACUGUAAGAAGUGCACUUACCGAGAUCCUCUGUACGAAAUAGUCAGGAAGCACAUUUACAGGGAACAUUUUCAGCAUGUGGCAGCACCUUACAUAGCAAAGGCAGGAGAAAAAUCACUCAAUGGGGCAGUCCCCUUAGGCUCAAAUGCCCGAGAAGAGAGUAGUAUUCACUGCAAGCGAUGCCUUUUCAUGCCAAAGUCCUAUGAAGCUUUGGUACAGCAUGUCAUCGAAGACCAUGAACGUAUAGGCUAUCAGGUCACUGCCAUGAUUGGGCACACAAAUGUAGUGGUUCCCCGAUCCAAACCCUUGAUGCUAAUUGCUCCCAAACCUCAAGACAAGAAGAGCAUGGGACUUCCACCAAGAAUCGGAUCCCUUGCUUCUGGAAAUGUCCGGUCUUUACCAUCACAGCAGAUGGUGAAUAGACUCUCAAUACCAAAGCCUAACUUAAAUUCUACAGGAGUCAACAUGAUGUCCAGUGUUCACCUGCAGCAGAACAACUAUGGAGUCAAAUCUGUAGGCCAGGGUUACAGUGUUGGUCAGUCAAUGAGACUGGGUCUAGGUGGCAACGCACCAGUUUCUAUUCCUCAACAAUCUCAGUCUGUAAAGCAGUUACUUCCAAGUGGAAAUGGAAGGUCUUAUGGGCUUGGGUCAGAGCAGAGGUCCCAGGCACCAGCAAGAUACUCACUGCAGUCUGCUAAUGCCUCUUCUCUCUCAUCGGGCCAGUUAAAGUCUCCUUCCCUCUCCCAGUCACAGGCAUCCAGAGUGUUAGGUCAGUCCAGUUCCAAACCUGCUGCAGCUGCCACAGGCCCUCCCCCAGGUAACACUUCCUCAACUCAAAAGUGGAAAAUAUGUACAAUCUGUAAUGAGCUUUUUCCUGAAAAUGUCUAUAGUGUGCACUUCGAAAAAGAACAUAAAGCUGAGAAGGUCCCAGCAGUAGCCAACUACAUUAUGAAGAUACACAAUUUUACUAGCAAAUGCCUCUACUGUAAUCGCUAUUUGCCCACAGAUACUCUCCUCAACCAUAUGUUAAUUCAUGGUCUGUCUUGUCCAUAUUGCCGUUCAACUUUCAAUGAUGUGGAGAAGAUGGCCGCACACAUGCGGAUGGUUCACAUCGAUGAAGAGAUGGGACCUAAAACAGAUUCUACUUUGAGUUUUGAUUUGACAUUGCAGCAGGGUAGUCACACUAACAUCCAUCUCCUGGUGACCACAUACAAUCUGAGGGAUGCCCCAGCUGAAUCUGUUGCUUACCAUGCCCAAAAUAACCCUCCAGUUCCUCCAAAGCCACAGCCAAAAGUUCAGGAAAAGGCAGAUAUCCCUGUUAAAAGUUCACCUCAAGCUGCAGUGCCCUAUAAAAAAGAUGUUGGGAAAACCCUUUGUCCUCUUUGCUUUUCAAUCCUAAAAGGACCCAUAUCUGAUGCACUUGCACAUCACUUACGAGAGAGGCACCAGGUUAUUCAGACGGUUCAUCCAGUUGAGAAAAAGCUCACCUACAAAUGUAUCCAUUGCCUUGGUGUGUAUACCAGCAACAUGACCGCCUCAACUAUCACUCUGCAUCUAGUUCACUGCAGGGGUGUUGGAAAGACCCAAAAUGGCCAGGAUAAGACAAAUGCACCCUCUCGGCUUAAUCAGUCUCCAAGCCUGGCACCUGUGAAGCGCACUUAUGAGCAAAUGGAAUUUCCCUUACUGAAAAAACGAAAGUUAGAUGAUGAUAGUGAUUCACCCAGCUUCUUUGAAGAGAAGCCUGAAGAGCCUGUUGUUUUAGCUUUAGACCCCAAGGGUCAUGAAGAUGAUUCCUAUGAAGCCAGGAAAAGCUUUCUAACAAAGUAUUUCAACAAACAGCCCUAUCCCACCAGGAGAGAAAUUGAGAAGCUAGCAGCCAGUUUAUGGUUAUGGAAGAGUGACAUUGCUUCCCAUUUUAGUAACAAAAGGAAGAAAUGUGUCCGUGAUUGUGAAAAGUACAAGCCUGGCGUGUUGCUGGGGUUUAACAUGAAAGAAUUAAAUAAAGUCAAGCAUGAGAUGGAUUUUGAUGCUGAGUGGCUAUUUGAAAAUCAUGAUGAGAAGGAUUCCAGAGUCAAUGCUAGUAAGACUGCUGACAAAAAGCUUAACCUUGGGAAAGAAGAUGACAGUUCCUCAGACAGUUUUGAAAAUUUGGAAGAAGAAUCCAAUGAAAGUGGUAGCCCUUUUGACCCUGUUUUUGAAGUUGAGCCUAAAAUCUCUAACAGUAACCCAGAGGAACAUGUACUGAAGGUAAUUCCUGAGGAUGCUUUAGAAUCUGAGGAGAAGCUAGACCAAAAAGAGGAGGAUGGUUCAAAAUACGAAACUAUUCAUUUGACUGAGGAACCAACCAAACUAAUGCACAAUGCUUCUGAUAGUGAGGUUGACCAAGACGAUGUUGUUGAGUGGAAAGACGGAGCUUCUCCAUCUGAGAGUGGGCCUGGAUCCCAACAAGUGUCAGACUUUGAGGACAAUACCUGUGAAAUGAAACCAGGAACCUGGUCUGAUGAGUCUUCCCAAAGCGAAGAUGCAAGGAGCAGUAAGCCAGCUGCCAAAAAAAAGGCUACCAUGCAAGGUGACAGAGAGCAGUUGAAAUGGAAGAAUAGUUCCUAUGGAAAAGUUGAAGGGUUUUGGUCUAAGGACCAGUCACAGUGGAAGAAUGCAGCUGAGAAUGAUGAGCGCUUAUCUAACCCCCAGAUUGAGUGGCAGAAUAGCACAAUUGACAGUGAGGAUGGGGAACAGUUUGACAACAUGACUGACGGAGUAGCUGAGCCCAUGCAUGGCAGCUUAGCUGGAGUUAAACUGAGCAGCCAACAGGCCUAAGUGCCAGGUUCCUUGGCGUUGGUGACAUGCUGCAGCCUGGAACUCUGAUCUCCAUUCAGUGUGACUGCAAAGCUGUCUUCUCACUGGUACUGCCUUGUGAGUACUGGUUGGACUGGGGGGCAUGUGGCCGCUGCAGUUCCAGUGGUUAUUUCUAAGUCUGUGACACGACAGGCUGAUCUUGCUUCAGAACCUUCUCUGACAGACACGGUAACUAAAUGUGAAAAACCAAUAAGCUGGUGGCUCAUGAAUACAUACGAGGAAAAGCAGAGGUUUAUUUUAUCUGCCUUUUCAACAUUUCUUUCCCUCUGUGAAAUGAUUGGUCAGAUGUCUUUGAGAAGCGUUAACCUAAUUCACAUGGUAGUGUAGGGCCAGCAUACAAGCUACCAGUCUAAUGUGUAUAGUAGACUUUGGGAAAAGCGAUUUUUUUUCCAUGUAUUCAUUCUGAAUAGUUGAAAUGUAUAUUUGUACAGUCUUUUAGACCUAUUCAAGUGAUGCUCAUGAUACUGUUACUGUGUGCCCAUCAUAGAUUUCUUUUUUUAGUGUUGCCCUUGCUGUGUAAUAAACGCUAUAUCUAGUUUACCUAGCAAAAGCUCAAAACUGCGCUAGUAUGGACUUUUGGACAGACUUAGUUUUUGCACAUAACCUUGUACAAUCUUGCAACAGAGGCCAGCCACGUAAGAUAUAUAUCUGGACUCUCUUGUAUUAUAGGAUUUUUCUUGUUCUGAAUAUCCUUGACAUUACAGCUGUCAAAAACAAAAACUGGUAUUUCAGAUCUGUUUUCUGAAAUCUUUUAAGCUAAAAUCACAUGCAAGAAUUGACUUUGCAGCUACUAAUUUUGACACCUUUUAGAUCUGUAUAAAAGUGUGUUGUGUUGAAGCAGCAAACCAAUGAGUGCUGCAUUUUGGAUAUUUAGUUUUAUCUUUAGUUCAACACCAUCAUGGUGCAUUCAUUUAUACCAUCUAAUAUAUGACACACUGUUGUAGUAUGUAUAAUUUUGUGAUCUUUAUUUCCCUUUGUAUUCAUUUUAAGCAUCUAAAUAAAUUGCUGUAUUGUGCUUAAUGUAAA